AUGGGGUCUGUGCGCAGCAGGAAAUCUGCUCUGGACAUCACGGCUCAGCUCACUAACAGCUACUGCUCCCUUGGCUCCGAGCACGCCACAGCAACUCUCCCCGCCGCCUUCAAUGACCUGUUACCCCACUUCCUGGUGGAGCCAGAGGACAAUUUCAUCGUGAAGAACAAGCCGGUGACUCUGACCUGCCGCUCCACCCCGGCCACGCAGAUCUACUUCAAGUGCAACGGGGAGUGGGUGCACCAGGACGACCACUUGAUCGAGCGGACUAUCGACCCAGCCACAGCGCUGCCAAUCAUGCAGGUGACGAUUGACAUAACCAGACAGCAGGUGGAGAAGAUCUUCGGUCUGGAUGAGUACUGGUGUCAGUGCGUCGCCUGGAGCACCACCGGAACGCAGAAGAGCCAAAAAGCGUACAUCAGGAUUGCUUACCUGAGAAAGAACUUUGAGGAGGAGCCGCAGGGUAAAGAGGUUACAUUGGACCAGGAGGUGUUACUGCGCUGCCAUCCCCCCGAGGGAGUGCCACAAGCCGAGGUGGAGUGGCAGAGAAACGAGGAUGUCAUCAACCCAGGGAGCGACCUCAAUUUUUUCAUGACAACUGACCAUAGUCUCGUCAUCAAAAAAGCCCGGCUGGGGGACACGGGGAACUACACAUGUGUGGCCAAAAACAUUGUUGCUCGCCGCAAAAGCAACUCUGCCACGGUCCUAGUCUAUGUCAACGGCGGCUGGUCCACGUGGACCACCUGGUCGUCCUGCAGUGCUGUGUGUGGGCGCGGCUGGCAGAAGAGGAGUCGGAGCUGCACCAACCCCACGCCACUGAAUGGAGGCACUUCCUGUGAGGGGCAGAACGUCCAGAAAAGUGCCUGUGUGGCCACCUGUCCAGUGGACGGAGGCUGGAGCGAGUGGAGCAAGUGGUCGGCGUGUGGAGCGGACUGUUCGAUGUGGAGGAGCAGAGAGUGCUCCCAGCCCUCACCUGGCACCAGGGGCAAAGACUGCCAGGGGCUCGACCUCCAGUCUCUCAACUGUACCAGCGAACAGUGCCCACAGACGGUGAGCGGGGCCGAGGACGUGGCGCUCUACGUGGGCAUGGUGGCGGUGGCUCUGUGUCUGACUCUGCUGCUCAUCGUGGUGGUCCUGGUGUACCGGCGCAAGAAGGAGGACCUGGACUCCGAUGUCGCCGACUCCUCCAUCCUCACCACUGGCUUCCAGCCCAUGGGCAUCAAGCCCAGCAAGCCAGAGAAUUCCCAUUUGCUCACCAUCCAGCCUGAUCUAACCACAACCACCACAAGUUACCAAGGCACCCUACGCUCUCGCCCUCACACCACGGGGAAAUUUUCAAUGACCAAUGGACCUCUGUUAGACCCGCUACCAAACGGCUCGCACACGCUGCACAACGGCAAGCUCAACUCUGACCCUGCAGAGUUUGUCAGCAGGCUGUCCACUCAGACCUACUUUAAAACGCUGCCCCGUGAUGUAGCUAACACCUCCUAUGGGACCUUCAAUUUCCUGGGAGGCAGGCUGACCAUCCCCAGCACAGGAAUCAGUCUGCUCAUUCCUCCCGAGGCCAUCCCCAGAGGAAAGAUCUAUGAGAUUUAUCUCACUGUUCAGAGGAAGGAAGAUUUAAGGUUGCCCCUGGCCGGCUGCCAGACCCUGCUCAGCCCUGUGGUGAGUUGUGGGCCUCCGGGGGUGGUCCUGAGCCGGCCGGUUAUCCUCAGCAUGGACCACUGCUCUGACGCAUGCCUCGAUAACUGGGCCGUCCGUCUCAAGAAGCAGAACUAUGAGGGCACUUGGGAGGACGUCCUGCUGAUGGGAGAGGAGCUUGUGUCAGAGCCCUAUUACUGCCAGCUCGAGGCCGAGACGUGCCGGCUCUUCACGGAGCAUCUGGGCACCCUCGCCCUGGUGGGGGAGUCCCUGCACAUGGGGGCAGCCAAGCGCCUGAGGCUGGUGCUCUUCUCGGAUGCUUACUGCUCCACACUGGAGUACAACAUCAGGGUCUACUGCAUGGACGACACACAAGACGUCUUCAAGGAGGUGAUGCAGAUGGAGCGGCAGCUCGGGGGUCGGCUGAUUGACGAGCCUCACAUCCUGCUUUUCAAAGACAGCUACCACAACCUGCGCCUGUCCAUCCACGACAUGCCCCAGGCGCACUGGAGGAGCAAGCUGCUCGCCGGCUACCAGGAGAUCCCCUUCUACCACAUCUGGAACGGCUCCCAGCGGUACCUGCACUGCACGUUCACUCUGGAGCGGCUCAGCCUCAGCACCUGCGAGCUCACCUGCCAGCUGUGCGUCUGGCAGGUGGAGGGGGAGGGGCAGAGCUUCAGCCUCGACUUCAAUAUUGCCAAGCAGGACACCCGAGCUGUGGACGCAGAGUUCCUGCUAAUGGACAUCAGCGCCUCAGCUCUAGCGGGGCCCAGCGCCUUUCAGAUCCCGUACCUCAUCAGGCAGAAGAUCUGCAGCAGCCUGGACGCCCCCUGCCCCAACGGAGCCGACUGGAGAAUGCUAGCACAAAGACUUAAACUUGAGAGACACAUGAGUUUCUUUGCAUCCAAAGCGAGCCCCACCUCUCUGAUCCUGGACCUGUGGGAGGCGCAGCAUUUCCACAGCGGCAACAUCAACCAGUUGGCCACGGUCAUGGCUGACAUUGGCAAACAAGAAGCCAUGAUAUUCCUGGUCUCUGAUGGCGAGUGCUAACCCAGAAAAGGGGAGAGACUGGUGCAGAGGAAAAGUACAGAACACACACCGAAAAACAAGAAAUACGGCAGCAGGAAUCCAAGAGCAGAGCUGUCCCCAAGUCCCUCUUCUUCACUUCAGAAGAUUACUUUCUAUAGGAUUCAGUCCCAACAUCCCAUCCAACAGAGUCAGAAUCUUUAAAUGAAAAACCAAAUGAGAGUUUGGGUGUGUGGGGGAAAUGUAUUAUUGAGAUAAAAGAAAAUACGUGUCGUUUUCCAUCAAAAUGUUAAGUUAAGUUGGUCCACUUUUACGUCAAAGAACUAAUUAAAUUAUAUUCAUGCCUUUUUAUAUUAACAAAUAGGCCAUGUAUGGCUAAUAAGGAGCAAUAUGCAAACAUAACGAUGAUGGCCAAUAUUUAAAAUUCAAUGAAUACACAUAAAAGGAAAGGGAGGUGACAUAAGGAGCCAGUCAUUUCAGGUUAAAGAGAACGGGGCGAAAUAUGCAAUUGGCAUGUUGGUUAUGACAUAAUCUCAGACAUUGAACAUAUUUCCGUCAUUAGGGUCUGUGAGCGUCCCCCUCGCCAACCCCUGUGAUAAUAUACAGGCGUGUCUUUAUUGUUUCCUUAAACACAGAGAGCUUGUAGCACAUCCUGGAUCUGCAGGUUGAAAAUAGAUUGUAUGUCAGAGGCCCAAAAAACCAUCUCAUCGUGUUUGUGUUUUAGUCCGGCCGCUAUCACUGCUGUGAAUGUAACAUCUUGACAUCUUGAUUCAGAGAGAUGCUUCACAGCCUCCUGCUUCUAAAUCAAUAUUUGUGGGUUUAGGUUCUUUGAACUUUUCUGGAGGGAGGAGUGAGUAAUAUCUUCACUCAAGUUAUAUUUCAGAAGCCAUAUCCUUCUGAAGCCUGUGGUUUUGAUUCGUCCACUGUACUUCACGUCUCCUAUUCCCCCAAUCGCUCAUAGUGGCGUUUCCUUUGUUUUAAAUUCCACUGCUAAUGGCCGAAAGGCAUUUCUAGCUGCAUAUAUGUGAACACUGAAUGUCGUAAAAUGUAAUUUCUGAAAAUACAUUUUGCCCCUGAUUACGUUAAUUCUGUAGCAGAGAUGACGUUAAUGGCCCGAAGGGAUAUUAUCUCAUAAAAAUGAUGCGGAACGCUUUCCACAUCAAAUAUCUGACAAUGCAUUUCUUCACCAGAUUACAAGAGUAGUUGUUUUGUUCAUAAUCCAUUAGGCAAUGUUGGUAGAAGUUCUAUCAUUAUUGUUAGCUGUGUGGCAAACAGUAUUUCUACAUCAAAGAAAGGCCUGUCUCUGUGGGAAAGUUAAGAGUGGCUUAUUCAUAAUGCCACGCUUCUGUUCACAAACGAUGCUUUGAAAGGGUCUUUCCUUUUGUGAUUUCUAGCCAGUGUGGCAAAAAAAUGAUCCGGCAGAUUCAUAAACUGCAACCACGCAUUUGCUUAUUAUAUUUUGCUACUUUGCAUUAAUUUUACAGUUAUUUUUUUAUUUUGUAUUAAUGGAUUUGUCAAGGUCUGGCAACAUUAAUACACAGAGUAUCUUUAAAGUCCACUGUUUUAGUAAUAAAGCUUUGAAAAGGUGUGAGCAAUCCCAAUUAGCCAUAGUCCUCUCUGCGUCUGCCUCAGGGUUGCAUGUGAAGUUGUUGAAGCUAUAGAGAGCCCGUUUGAUUCCUAAGCUCCUGUGGCUUCAACCUUUAACACUAACUGGAGCCUCUUUAUGAUUGUCAGAUAUCUGGAAUGUACAUUUAUGUUUCCUUGUAGUGGGGAAAAGGAUGUUUUUAUUUUCCUUUUUGAAAUCUUUGUUUUAGUGUGUGGCAUCUCAGCACCUGUUGGCCCCUGUCAUCCUAACAAACACGCCUCCUAUUAACCAACACGUUUCUACAAGCCCCAUCUAAGGGAUGCAGAGGUGCCAUCAAAUAAUAACUUUUUUUAUUAACUUAAAGAAAACCUUGGAUCAAGCCCCUUUCUGAUAAAAUGGCGAUAUCACCUUAAAUAAAUCUUUUCAUGUUGAAAUGGAUCGUCGUAAUAUGUAAAUACUUUUUCUAUACCAGCUGUGUGCUGUCACUUUGCAUACUGUAUAUCAGCAGAAUUGGUAACCAAAGUUUUAUGAGUAUCAUUUGAGGCCACUACAUCCUCACGUUGUACCCAUUGCAUAUCGUUUCAGCGUUGUUUUACUCUCAGAAUAGAAUAGAAGAAGUCAGUUGCUGUCUCUAAAGUGCGGGCUUAAAGUCCUAAUCCUUUCUUUAUCUCAUUUCCUCGCUUUUGUCUUUGAGGCAAGUAAAUGCUGUUCGUUCAAGCGGUAAUGUGUCAGUUUAUUUUGUCACUUUGUAAAGAAAUGUAAAUUAUAUUUUAAUAUGAAGCCAAAAAAAGACACUUAACUGGCGCAGCAUUUGUCAAGUCUAAACCGUGACGUGUUUGCCUAUAUACUGUUCUUUGGCGAUCUAGCAGUGAAGACUUUUUGCAGUGUUAAGGGUUUAGAGACUGUUUUACAGGAAGUUUCUCUACAUAUUUUGUUCGUCCUUAAUCUGCAUAUGUCUAGCUGAUUAUUUCUCUAACUGUAAGCAUUUAAAUACAAGGUGGAAAUAGUCCCUAAUGCUGAGUGAUCACUCCACUGGAACUGUGUGGAGGACAUCAGUUCCAGAACACUGACAAGCCUGUGUUGACACAGCACGUUUAGAUGAGCCAUGGCAGUUGUACAGUCAGACUGUGUGUGUGUGCCUGUGUGUGAACCUUUAUCACCCCUGUCAUUGUGUUGUCGAAGCACAUUUCCGUAUUGUAAUUCACCAGCCGCCAUGUUCAGCAACUAUCUUCACAUCUAACUUGUCCAACAUAUCUAAAAGGAUUGAGCGUGUGAUGAAUACAGCUCCCGUCCUGAAGGAGUCUGGACCUGAGGGUGGUGUAAGAUGUGUAAUGCACAUUUCCUUCAAAGUUUUGGGGACAUUUUUACAUCUCACAAUUGUUCUUUGUGUCACUCAUUACUGCUAAGUGUCAAGGAUGUUAGUGUGUGUGAUUGGUGUGUGCAUCCCCCCCUCCCCCCCCCAUCACUCUGACUGAACAAUAGACUUCUGUACUUGUGAAUGGUUUUUCUAUUUUGUUCCUUGCCUUUCUGCAAGUCAAAAAUGCUGUAUUUAUUACAUGCCACAGCGCUUAUGCAAUUGUAUAAUCUUUUAGUUUUGUUCGUUAUUUUUUUUUACCUUUUGUGUUCCUUAUCGUCAAUGUAAAUUGUUGUCAA